AUGGACAAUGGGAUCAAGUGCACUCUCAGGAAAUUUGCAGAUAACACCAAGCUGAAUGGUGCAGUUGACAUGCUAGAGGAAAGGGAUACCAUCCAGAGGGAUCUGGAUGAGCUUGUGAGCCUUGUGGUUGACCUGAAGGAGGAGGUGGAGAGGCUGAGGACCAUAAAGGAAUGUGAGAGGGAGAUUGAUUGGUGGUGCCAGUCCCUAUCAGCCCCGAGAUCUUGGCAUACAACUGAGGCUCCACAUGGAGCACGUCACCCUCUGCCGCUUUGCAAACAGGUGGGAGAGGGGAACUGGAAGGCAGACAGUGCUGCACUGAGCCUCCUGUCCUCUCCUUCACUUAGCAACAGUUUGAGGAAGGAGAAGCAGUGGAAACAGAUACCGGCUUGGCGAAGUGGGCAUCCCCCAUCCCGACCAUCCUUGGCUCCCCAGGUGCCUCAGUGCAAUGAGUUUGAACUCGAGGGAAAAGUCAAUGAGGGUGUGGAAGGAGGUCCACCUGUGAGGUUGCCUAGGGUGAAGCAGUCGACCCUAUGCCUCAAGACUGCCUCCACCCAGAAGGACAGAAGGGUAGUUGUCAUAGGUGACUCCCUGCUGAGGGGAACGGAAGGCCCUAUAUGUUGGCCUGACCCCACCCGUAGGGAGGUGUGCUGCCUCCCUGGGGAACAAGUCAGGGACAUUUCUAGGAAACUUCCUGGACUGAUUCGCCCUUCUGAUUAUUACUCCUUAUUGAUAGUUCAGGCUGAUAGUGACAAAGUUGCUGAGAAAAGCCUGAGGACUAUCAAGAAAGACUUCAGGGGACUGGGGUGGGUAGUUGAUGGAGCGGGCAUGCAGGACAAAACGACACUGGAGACCCUGACUCAGCAACUGGCAGUAAAACAGAGUGAAGACGGGAAGUUUAGCCACGCAAUGAUGGAUUUCAACAUGAGUGGAGAUUCUGAUGGAAGUGCAGGAGUUUCAGAAUCAAGAAUUUAUCGGGAAUCCAGAGGGCGUGGCAGUAAUGAGCCCCAUAUCAAGCGCCCAAUGAAUGCAUUCAUGGUGUGGGCUAAAGAUGAACGGAGGAAGAUCCUUCAAGCCUUCCCUGACAUGCACAACUCCAAUAUCAGCAAGAUACUAGGAUCUCGCUGGAAAGCUAUGACAAACCUAGAGAAGCAGCCAUACUACGAGGAACAGGCACGACUCAGCAAACAGCACCUGGAGAAAUACCCAGACUACAAAUACAAGCCAAGGCCGAAGCGUACCUGCCUUGUAGAUGGCAAAAAACUACGCAUUGGCGAGUACAAGGCUAUCAUGCGCAACAGACGUCAGGAGAUGAGGCAGUAUUUUAAUGUUGGGCAACAAGCACAGAUUCCCAUUGCCACCGCAGGUGUCGUUUACCCAGGAGCCAUCGCCAUGGCAGGAAUGCCUUCCCCACACCUGCCCUCAGAGCACUCAAGUGUGUCCAGCAGCCCCGAGCCCGGGAUGCCCGUCAUCCAGAGCACUUACGGCAUCAAAGGUGAGGAGCCCCAUAUCAAGGAAGAGAUGCAGACCGAUGACGUCAAUGGAGAAAUCUACGAUGAGUAUGAUGAGGAAGAGGAUGACCCCGAUGUGGACUAUGGCAGUGACAGUGAAAAUCACAUUGCGGGGCAAGCCAACUGAUCAGGGUCCAAAUAUCACAUGACCUGCAGGACUUCAAGGAGAAAAGAAAAAAUAAAUAAAGCCCCAUCUGGUUUAUCCUUACCAGUGGCCAAGCACAUUAACUUUCUCAUACACUGACUGUUACUUUAACUGUUAGUCUUAACUAGUUGGGACAUCAGCUGACUAAUAGACAUCAGCCUGCAUCAGAAGAAAAAAGGCUCAGAAGAAAGGAAACAAAGACAACGACAACAACAACAGAAUAAUAUAAGCUAUGGGUAAAAUAAUGCCAGUAAUUCAGCUGCUAUACCCAAGCACUGAAGUCUUACCCGUCGACCUUUUAUUAUUAUUAUUUUUUUUUCAAAUAAACUUUAUGGCUGUUUGUUCUACAAUGUUCUAGAAAUUCUCACUCAGGUACACAGUGCCAACAAGUGGCUUGUGAAUGUGUUUUGUUGUUUUGUGCUACAGUUUAAAGAGAAAUAAU